ACAUGGCCCUUUAAUUCUGUCCUGCAAUAAGUCAUGGGAAACGUGGGCCUAACUGAGUGUCCCGGUAGAAGGAGAAAAGGGAUUUUGAUGAUUAUCUAGCAGUUUCUACUAUAUGAAUUCUUGAUUUUGCUUAAAAAUAGGGGUUGUGGAGACUAAUUUGGUUGCUUUUGACUGUCACUGGAUCAUUAUAAAUGAGGAAAUAAACGAUAUGGAUGUUCAGGAACUUGUAAGAAGGUCAAUUGGAAGGUUAACAAUUAUUCGGCAGACAUUUCCAGUACCCCAGAAUAUAAGUCAGCGAUGUUUCCGUGGCAACCAUCGAAUAUCUUCAACGUUGUGUGAUCCUAAGGAUCCAUUUGCUCAGAAUAUGGAGAUUUCAAAUCUUUACAUCUAUGACACAGUGCUUCUGCUUGCUAAUGCUUUUCAUAAGAAGCUGGAGGACCGGAAGUGGCACAGCAUGGCCAGUUUGUCAUGUAUCAGGAAGAACUCGAAACCCUGGCAGGGGGGGCGCUCCAUGUUGGAGACCAUCAAGAAGGGUGGAGUUAAUGGGUUGACUGGAGAGCUUGAAUUUGGAGAAAAUGGAGGCAAUCCCAAUGUCCACUUUGAAAUUCUCGGAACCAACUAUGGAGAAGAGCUUGGCAGAGGUGUUCGCAAA